AUGAAGAUAUUAGUGAUAACAUGCUUAAUGGUUCUAACUUUAUCCAAUCCUUUAGAGAAAAUCCAAAAGAUUAAUGUUCCAUGCAUUGAGGAAAUAGGAUACCUUACUAAAGAUUUAUUUGUCUUUGGUUUGGAUAUUGCUAGACAUAAAUUCUGCAAUCAAGUUAAAGAUGUUAUCGGAAUCAUCGUUGAAAUCGUCAAAUUGAAAAAUGCUUGUUCCUCAUCCAGUAGCUAAGACAUAUUGGAAGAGCAUAACAAAACUUUGACUUGUCUACAAAAUUCAGUGGAUAUUGCCGAAGAUGCUUAUAAUGCAUAUAAUGCAUUUAUUCAAAAUGGAUUCUCUGAUGAAUUAAUUGACUAAACAACCAACAUCCAAUAAUAACUAGUCUCCACCUUGAGUAGAUGUAGUUCCAAGGCUAAGUUACUUGAAGACAUCUUCCCAACUCAUUGUAUUUCGGUUAUGAAUAACUUGGCCAGAGAUGCUCUAUCCAUUAAAGAACAAAGACAUCAACCUUGGAAAAUUAUUGAAGGAUUAGCCUCAAUGGGUCAAAAUUAUCAUAUAGCCAAACAACAUUGUCCAUUUAUGAAAUGAUUAUUACCAAAAUAUCAACAUAG